AUGAGUCCUCCACUGCUGAAGCUUGGGGCUGUUCUUAGUACCAUGGCAAUGAUCUCUAACUGGAUGUCCCAAACCCUCCCAUCUUUGGUAGGACUAAAUACCACCAGAAUAACCACUUCAGAUACUCUAGUAAGUAGCUGUGAUGUGUUUCAAGCCAUCUUAAUGCUGAACCCCAAGGAGGGGUGGCAAGUUUAUAGUUCAGCCCAGGAUCCUGACGGCCGUUGCAUUUGUACUGUUGUUGCACCUGAACAAAAUCUAUGCUCAAGAGAUGCCAAAAGCAGGCAACUCAGACAGCUGCUAGAGAAGGUUCAGAAUAUGUCCCAAUCUAUUGAAGUUUUAAAUCUACGGACUCAGAGGGAUUUCCAGUAUGUUUUAAAAAUGGAAACACAAAUGAAAGGGCUGAAGGCCAAGUUUCGGCAAAUUGAAGAUGAUCGGAAGACAUUAAUAAAAAAGCAUUUUCAAGAGUUGAAAGAGAAGAUGGAUGAGCUCCUGCCACUGAUCCCAGUUCUGGAACAAUACAAAACUGAUGCCAAAUUAAUCAUCCAGUUCAAGGAAGAAAUUAGGAAUCUGUCUACUGUCCUCACGGGGAUUCAGGAAGAAAUUGGAGCUUACGACUAUGACGAACUACACCAGCGUGUCCUCAGUUUAGAAAACAGGCUUCGAGACUGCAUGAAAAAGCUCACAUGUGGCAAAUUGAUGAAAAUUACAGGCCCCAUCACAGUGAAGAUAUCUGGAACUCGAUUUGGAGCCUGGAUGACAGAUCCAUUAGCAUCAGAGAAAAAUAACCGAGUCUGGUACAUGGAUAGUUACACUAACAACAAAAUUGUCCGUGAAUACAAAUCAAUUGCAGACUUUGUCAGUGGGGCAGAAUCAAGGACAUACAACCUUCCAUUCAAAUGGGCAGGAACGAACCAUGUUGUCUACAAUGGCUCCCUCUAUUUCAACAAGUAUCAGAGCAACAUCAUCAUCAAAUACAGCUUUGACACUGGGCGGGUGCUUGCACAACGUAGCCUUGAGUAUGCUGGGUUUCACAAUGUCUACCCAUACACCUGGGGUGGCUUUUCUGAUAUUGACCUGAUGGCAGAUGAAAUUGGGCUAUGGGCUGUGUAUGCUACCAACCAGAAUGCAGGCAACAUUGUCAUCAGCCAGCUAAACCAGGAUACACUGGAGGUGCUGAAGAGCUGGAGCACAGGCUACCCAAAGAGAAGUGCUGGAGAAUCUUUCAUGAUCUGUGGCACCUUGUAUGUUACUAACUCUCACUUAACAGGAGCCAAGGUCUACUACUCUUAUUCCACAAAAACCUCCACUUAUGAGUAUACAGACAUUCCUUUCCAUAAUCAGUAUUUUCAUAUAUCCAUGCUUGAUUACAAUGCAAGAGACAGAGCUCUCUAUGCCUGGAAUAAUGGACAUCAAGUCCUGUUUAACGUCACCCUUUUCCACGUCAUUAAAACUGAAGAUGACACAUAAUUUUCUUUCCCUUCCCUUUCCCUCACCACUCUCCCUCAAAGCAGUAUCAUUUGUGAUAAACUCUGAAAGCAUCCAUCUCUCUCAGUCCUUUUUAAUUUACAUUUAUUUCUCAUUAAGGAAAAGCAACCUUUUCUACCAUAUAAUGCAUUGCAAAUACAGCUGAGCCUGUCAAAAAUGACCUGUUGGAAAUAAAAGCAUCUUAACUUAUGAUUCUACAAGUUCCGUCAAGACCUUGUCUUGAAAAGCACUAAAGAGGAUUUCAGUGGCUAAAGACAGUUUUAAAAUUAUUAUGAUCUGCCUUAUUUUAGAGUCAGAGACUAAUGGUGGCUUAAAUGCAUGAAUGUCUUUUUUUACCUCAUUUUUGGUUUUAAUCUAUUGCUCAACUUCAGGAAAUAUUUUGGUAGUGUCAGACACAUAUUGCACAUUGUAUUUUUUUAUUUAAAAAAAAAUUAGGAAUUUAAUUUACUUGGAUAUGGAGUAUGACUCAUUUUGCCAUCACCCAAUUUCAGAUGUGGUGCUGUACAGUAUGUUUUUAAAUCUCUUGCAAGCAUUUUAUCAACAGUCUGUAUUUCUACCAUUGUAACCACCAUUGUGCAAUUGUAUCUCUUCACUUAUGUGAAAGUAAACUAAGUACUAUUUUUUAUAAAAUAUAUUGAAGCUUAAUUGAA